GGUACCGACCGCGACACAGUGCGGACGCAUUUUUUCUCGCCUCUCCCCCGCAGCCAAGUGGAAAGAGAUCUACUGAAAAGAAAAGUGAUAGUUGUUGGCAUCACCCAAAGUGAUCUUGACAAGAGUGCAGACUAAGUGUUAAUUGCUGGGUGUUGAAUAAGAGGACAAUCAAUCGUUAUGAUCGCUGCAAUUAAACAAUAGGACUGUAUAUCGAGUUCUCUCCAAGUCACUAACUAGAGAUAUAAGAUCGAAGCUAUCGAUCCAGUGGAAAUAUACGGUAUGACGAUUAUCCACUGAGGGAGUGUGAAUGGAAAUAUUCCUGGGUGAUUUUACGUUGAUUCACGUCACUCCAGCUGACUUGUAAUUGAUCGUAUUUGAGGACGAUACACACUUUACAGUAAAGACUCUGGGCGAGAGAGAACGAGUGCCAGAGAGGGAAAAGCAAAUUCCUGGCAAGCCACACAAAUAUUUGAUUACAAGUGCAAGAAAAGCGGACACCAGGGCAGUGCCUGUGUCACAGAUUGCAACACAAUAUCGAAGACCCCAGGACGGUUUUCAGCAGCACAGUGCCACCUUGUUGACCAGUCGAUACCAAAAUUUAAUAAAUUAAAUAAAGAUGUCAUUUCUACAAUCAAUCUACGAUGGAUACAGAGAUCUCAUGGACAAUAAAUCUGAUCCACGCACCAAAGACUGGCCCCUCAUGAGCUCUCCAUUUCCCACAAUUGCAAUCAGCCUCUCCUAUGCAUAUUUCGUUAAGGUUCUGGGUCCACGGCUGAUGGAGAACAGAAAACCCUUCCAGCUGCGCACGGUCCUCAUUGCCUACAAUGCCAUUCAGGUGCUCUUCAGCACGUGGCUCUUCUACGAGGCCUGCAUGGCCGGAUGGCUCACCGGCUACAGCUACAGAUGUCAGCCGGUGGACUACACCCGCAGCCCGAACGCUCUCAGGAUGGCCAACGGGUGCUGGUGGUACUACUUCUCAAAGUUCACCGAAUUCUUUGACACUCUGUUCUUUGUGAUGCGCAAACGAUACGAUCAAGUGUCUACACUUCACGUGAUUCACCACGGAAUAAUGCCAGUAUCUGUCUGGUGGGGCGUUAAAUUCACUCCAGGUGGUCACAGCUCCUUCUUCGGCUUCCUCAAUACUUUUGUCCACAUCGUCAUGUACACGUAUUACAUGCUGGCCGCCAUGGGGCCAAAAGUGCAAAAGUAUCUGUGGUGGAAGAAGUACUUGACUGUUCUGCAGAUGAUUCAAUUCAUCUUGGUGAUGAUUCACGCCUUCCAGCUGCUCUUCAAGAAUGAUUGCAACUACCCGAUCGCCUUCGCUUACUUCAUUGGCGCUCACGCCGUGAUGUUCUACUUCCUGUUUUCUGGAUUCUACAAGCAGGCCUACACCAAGAAGCGGAAGGAUGCCGAAGAGAAGCGCCUGAUUGCUGAGAAGAAGGAAAUCAACGAGAAUGGCACGCACAAAUCGCUGAAUGGAAAGACUCAAAUGUAUGAAAAUCCAGGAACUGUGGAGGAUAGCUACUCAACAACAAGGCAGAGAGUCUUUGUGGGGUCCAACAAUUGGAUCUGCCAGCCGGUCAAUGUGAACUAACAGGGACGAGGGAAAAACCACCAGAAUUUCCAUCGAGAAGUGAGAGAGAGACUAAAGAGUAGAGAGAGAAUUAUUUGUAUACUUUCGACGGGAUAUCGUGCAUCCCGCGGCUUUAGAUAAGGCAAAAUAUUCUUCAAGCUAGGGACAAAGUUGUUUGUAUACAAGCGACAUUAAUCUUAUCUCUUCCCCUUUCCCCUUCUGGAGCGUUAAAGAAAUACUUUGUGUAGAAUUUCUUCAGUGUAGAUUUUUUUUAUGGACAUUUUUCACCUUGGACGAGAGUCUCUGUGACUUUCCUCCACUUCGUGCAGGCAAAAUUGCAAGGAGAAAUCAUGUAAUGAUAUAAUUCCAUGGAAGGUAUAUGUUAUGACCUAUUUUAUGUGUGUGCAUGUACAAAAAUAUUGUGGGUUUAAAAUAAAUUUUAUACGAAUUUUUCUAAAGAUACCCAGACAGACUUUGCAGUGGAGACGCCUGGUGAGCUUUCUCACUCUUCUCGCAGGCGAAACUGGAUGAGCACGAUGAAGUACAUGACACAGGCGGAGAUGAUGGUGAAGAAGAAUGCGAGGCGCAGCGAGAAGAAGUUCUUGGCUGUGAUGUCCAGUUCUCGCAGGUGGAUCACAUGAAGGGCGAAAUUG